GAUGGUCGGGAUAAUGAACGGUGACAUCUUUCUGAGAAUGACCCUUCAGCACGGGUGGUACCCCGUAGAUUUUCUGUUAACCUCUUGGCUUCUGAAUUCUGUAAUUAGCUUAGGCUUUGUAAAUGGAAUACUGAUUCCAGUAGGCAAUGGGUGAAGAACUGGAAUGUUAAUAUUUCCAUUCUGCUCUGGGGACACAUACAGAAAAGCUCAUGACCCUAUAAAUCAUUUUGUGUAUUAAAUUUGUAGAGAAACCAGCAGUGCUGUUUGAGGUGCGAUGUUUUGAGCAUGAUAUCAAGUUUGGGGGAUUCCCCUGGCAUUUCAUGGUGUCGCCUCCAACACAAAGGGGAGAUCCAAGUGAAAUCAAAGUCUACAGUCUAGAAAACAAGGAACUGGCAAUCAAUGGUACGUUAGAACGCAACAUUGUAGCUGCGGACAAUGGCGUGCCCACAUCUUUUUUCUAUUUGGACGGUUCAGAUCGCAUCAUCAACACUAAGAUGCGUUCCCUCAGUGUACUGAAAUUCAAGCAACAUGAAGAUGGGCGAAGUGAGCUGGUGGAGGACCAUGUGAUAAAUCCCUGGCCUUACCGCGAUGAUCGCAAGCUCGAGAGAAAAAUGAAAGAAAUGGGAACAUCGUUGUCAAGCAGUGGUAGACUUAUUAGGCAUCAGCAGUAUGGCGCUUAUUAUGAUGAGGAGGCCUCGAUGUAUGAAGCAUACAGCGAGGAGAUGAUUAAUAACUUUGGCUGUGAAAUUGAAAUGGACAUCUUAGCUAUUUCUAUGGCGACUCGAGACUGUGAUACGGAUAGUCUCAUCGGCCACGUGACCCUCCAUGACUCUCCAACGGGACGCCUCCUGAAGACAUUCAGGAUGCCUGGAGAAUGGGAUGAGAAUGUGGAGCACCAUUUUUCGCUGGACCUUGACACUUUGGUCCACAGCUACAAGGAGAGAUCAGGGAAGUGGAUGUGCCAGGUCUUCAGAGCUCAAAGAAAACGCAAGGAAUCAUCGAAGAGGAGAACCAGUAAACAACCCCACAGGUCCAGAAAAAGGUGGCAUCUACUGUGAGUGCUUAUUGAAUCGUCUUGUCGUCGGAUUUGGUAACUUUCCUGAUUUUGAUAGGAUGAGAAGCAUAGAUGUAUGACUGUUAGCAUCCAGAGUGAGUGCUCAUCGAGCUGUCUGUCAUGGCAGAAUCGUAGGCCAGUGGUCUAUGCGCUAGACAAGUGAAGAUCAGGGUUCAAGCCCCAUCACGGCACUGGUAAAGGUAAAACACCACACAGAUGCAGUAGAAGGUAACAGCUACUCUUGAGUGGUUAUUAUAAGCUGUUUUGUUGCAGUGGAAUUAUAGUCUAGUGGUCUAUGCGCUAAAUACGUGAAGAUCAGGGUUCAAGCCCCAUCACAAAACUGGCAGAGGUAAACAACUGCAAUGCAAAGGUUUAGGAAAAGGUUGCUUCUACUGUGAGAGCCAAUUGAGCUUUUUGUUGAAGCUGGUUUUUUUGCAGUUGAAUCAUAGUCUUGAGGUUUAUGCGCUAGACACAUGAAUAUCAGGGUUCAAGCCCCCAUGACAGCACUAGCACAAUAUAGAGCACAGCGAUUUGAUUAUGGGGCUGAAUUUUACGAUUGAACAUAUACAAUUAUGCAAUUAACCAUAGAAAUCAGCUCUGUUACGGGUCCCAGUAAAUGUAAUAAUGAUAGAAAUGAUUAUAACAUAAAAAUGCUUUAUUACAUCCAUACAAACCAUUAUAUCAUAUAUGACUCUUGACACCAUAAUGAAAUAAUCAUGUCACGAGCUUGGUGCCAUUUUCUCCAAUUCUGAAAAAAAUCGUGUAUGAUUAAUGAGUAAAAUCAUUCUUGUCAGCGUAUCUGAACACUGUUAAUAAUGUUGCUGAGCAUUGCAAUAUGCUAUAUCUGAACAGUGGUUAUUAGUCAAAAUUUUCUCUUUAUAGAGAUUUAACUUCCUCCCAUACAGUAGUUUGUAUUUUCUUGUUUUCCCUAUGUUUUUUUUUUUUAAGAUACAGUAUUGAAGUGGAGUUAUGUAGUGGUUAUGCUUGUCAAACAUUGCCCAAAUUUCUACUUCUCUAUGGUGGCCAUUACUGCAAAUGAUCCGAUUUGUAAAUUAUGAAAAUGUUUGUAUGUUGCUAAUCGAUCACCAAAAUUUCUAUUUCUGUUUAACCUUUGCUUUACAAUGAACCCCUCCCCCCCCCCCUUCCCACCAAAUGUUCAAAAUAUCAACUGGAUUGGUGAAAUAUAGAAAUAUAUUAACAUUUAUGACAUUUUAAGAAUUCCCGCCUCUAUUAUAGCAAUUUUUUCAUUGAUAAAACUGAAAAUGGUCAAAUAAGUAAAGUAUCUUGAAAAUAUGAAUAUGAUGUUUAGAUAUCGCCGAAACAUCCACUUCUCUUGAAGAUUGAGAUUUAUUCAUUUCCAUUCAUAAAAUACAAUCAAAGUAACAUUUCAGAGUCAAAAUAUCACAGAGAGUUCAAUUUUAAUCAUCACAAUACAUAAAUUCGAUUUUAUUUCCAACAGAACAUAAUUUAUAACAAAUUAUUUUCGUACAUGUCUAUACGCCUAGAUGAAUAUUUUGUUAGGUUAAGUAAUUAGCUUUAGAAUAUUCAAAUUCAAUUCUUUAUCCCUUUGUAAAAAAUAUGUCUAUAUUAAAAAAAAUACAUGAAAUGGGAUGUCUAAACAUAUAUAUUUCAACUAAAUAUGUGUAAGCAAUUCAUAUUUUUAUAGUAGCCUACACUAAAACUGUCGUGUUAGUGAUUUUCUCAGUGGGCUCAAUCAGGUUCGGCUGGGGGUAAGGAGCAUUUCAGGGUGUUUGGUGAUAUUUCCCGCUCAACAUUCUGAUUAAAGGCGAAUGCUAUCUAUAUUAAGCUCAAUCUAAAAACAUAUCCACAUCGUGAAUUAAUCAAGUAGGUCCCUAGUUAAUAAUGCAAAUUACGUUUCACAAUAGCAAUACUUUUUAGUCGGAAGAUGUAUCCUACCUGUUGUAAGCACGUUCUGCAGGUGUUUGAGGAUUACGAAAUGGGGUCAUUAACCAUGAUCUUUGUGGGUAACCAGAGUCACCAAGAAUGACACCUUCCAAAUCACCACGCUGGAACGAUUGUCCUACUGCUGAAUUCUCGAAGACUCUGCUGUCAUGCACAGAUCCUGGCCAUCGUGCACUUACAUUGAUGAUGUUGUACUUGGCAUCACUUAUGUACUGAACAUUGAUGCUGUGCCAUCCUUUCCUGUUGAUGAAGGCGUAUUCAGUGUCCCCCAAAGGGCUGCCAUCAAGCCAAAUAUGAGUACAGUCCACUGCCCCGACUUCCAUGGGGAAUCCACUCAUCUCCAUGAACUCCCUCUGCUUUUCACCCACUCACUGGCCGCCAUGUUAUCACUUCAUCUUUCAAGUUUGCCAGAGCUUCGGAAACUCUAGCAACUAUUCUGCACACGCUAGCUGAAGAAACACCAUGCUGCUUCUGGACACUGGAGUAAAAGUCGGAUGUUGCAUAAAAGUUCAGAGCAACAAACACCUGCAGCCUUGAGUCAAUGGAAUGAUUCCUCUCUGUCAAAGGGGCUAUGCGGUCCUGAAUUAGGUCGUUGAUCCUCAUCACCCCUUGCCGAGUGAAAUGGUAGUACUUAUGCAUCUUCUUAUCGUUUAAUACAUCCAAGGGAUUGGUCCUAUCCCUGAAGACACGCUCUCGAUUGAGCGCUUGAGCGUUAUUAACGUACAGAAGAAGAGCCAUGAUGAGAUAAACUUAUGAAAACUAUUCAAAAAUCUAAAAUUUUAGAGAGCAGAAUGUCUACACGGUCGAAUGUCAAGAAAUAAGUAUCGGCAAAGUGUUUGCGCCAAAACAUGACCUUGGGACAGGAAGCUACGUUUUUGAACCCAUCGCAGCCCUGCGAUCACCCUUUGGGCAUCUGCUGAGCCGUGAUGGGUUACCGAUGGAUGAACCCGUCGCAAGAGUUUCGUGAAAUCGAAAAGCAACCCAUCGCCCAUGGGUGAUGGGUUUGCGAAGUUGCGAUGGGUUCAAGCCCUUACGAAGGGUUAGCGAUGCAUAAAAACGUUAGUGAAAUCGAGCCCUAUCUUUUAGAGAGUUGCGAUUGAUGCGAUCAAUCACAACUAUGGUCGGCCAGCAACAUCAACAUCUAUUAUGCAUGUUUGUUCAAAAAUUUUUCUGAUGCAUAUUCAUGCAUUCAUUGUUUUCUUGAAAAUUCACUGUGCUUCUCUUUGUUUACAAAGGACAUUGUGCAAAUAUCCUGUAGAAAAAAUUAUGACACUGAUUUCCAUAUAGUAACGAUUGAUCAGAUCAAUUGUAACUUUUUGUAAGACAGGUCCCUGAAGUAAUGACCCUGUUAAGCACACAGGCAGCAUGGGGUCAUAGUAAAGAGCAUUUCAAGUUAAUCCCCCAUGCCAGACCAGUCUUCCGCAAUAUUUAUCUGCAGUGCAUGUUUUACCAUGCCCGCCUCAAUCUCCUGCACUAUCUCUGAAAUAAAAGGCGCACCCACCCUGUUUUGCCCAAUUCUAUUUUUAAGUAACUAUAUCUAUAUUGAAAUCUACUACUCUAUCACCUAACCAUGUUUCUUGUAUGCACAAAAGAUCGGGUUUAUUUUUUUGUUUUUUGUUGUCUCGCCUGCAUAGCAGAGCGAGACUAUAGGCGCCGCUUUUCCGAUGGCGGCGGCGUCGUCAACAUUGAAAUCUUAACCAAGGUUAAGUUUUUGAAAUGUCAUAACUUAGAAAGUAUAUAGACCUAGUUCAUGAAACUUGGACAUAAGGGUAAUCAAGUAUUACUGAACAUCCUGCCUGAGUUUAAGGUCACAUGACCAAGGUCAAAGGUCAUUUAGGGUCAAUGAACUUAGACCAUGUUGGGGGAAUCAAUAUCGAAAUCUUAACCAAGGUUAAGUUUUUGAAAUGUUGUCAUAACUUCGAAAGUAUAUGGACCUAGUUCAUAAAACUUAGACAUAAGGGUAAUAAUGUAUCACUGAAGAUCCUCCCUGAGUUUCAGGUCACAUGAUGAAGGUCAUACAUGUAGGGUCAACGAACUUUGGCCAACUUUGUUGUGUGUCACAGUGGUAAGUGCAGGGGAGUUACUGGGCCCUGUAGAAUUUUGGGUAUGAGAUUGUGGAGGAGUAGUCGUUUUAACAAAGACUUUAGUUUGAAGAUUAACGUUUGUAUGCGCGGGCAUUGUUUGAAGAUGCGCAGGUUUGGGGGGAGCUUUACCUCCCGUUUGUACUGCGUUGGCAUAGCUUAUGCCGUUUGUAAUUUUUGGCUUUUGGGGUAUAGAAUUGACUCGUUUGAGUGCUUCAGAAUAAGAUACGUUUUCUGUGUACUUAACAUUUUGCACACGUUUUGCUUUUUUGUACGCUUCACACCCCUGGUAUGCUGCGCUAUGGUGCUUUCCGCACCUUAGGCAGAUGGGGGUCGUCUUUUUUUUUGGACAGUUUUCGAGGGUAUGAUUUCCCCCACACCUGACGCAUCUUGUUUUGAAUCUACAGGUUUGUUUAAGGUGACCAAAACCUUGGCAGUUUUGGCACCUUUAUACCGGUGGUACAUAUUUGGAGACUUUUUUAGUCAUGUAUCCAAUGUGGAUACUUUUUGGUAGCGCUUCGCCUUGCUUGAAAGACAAAAUAAUGGCGGUGGUGUCUGUGAGUUCGCCGUUUACCCGUUUCUUGAUUCUUUUUACGGCGGUCACUCCUUGAGAGUUAAGCUCAUCAAGGAGCUCCUCGUCCGUGACGGAUUGAGUAAUGCUUGUGAUUACUCCUUUUUCUGGCGGGUUUUGCAUCCAAAUAAAAGCUUUUAAAUGCAUGUUAUCUAAGCUAUCUAAAUUUAAGGCCCUUUUCUUUUGCCUUUCGUCUUUGCAUUUUAUGAGGAUACAACGUCCCCAUUUUUUAGUUUCCUUAGGUUCCCCAAUUUUAGAUUUGAUUUCAUUCGCAACGUGAAUGGGGUUUAAUUUUGAAAUUGAUUUUUGCUGCUCGAUUGGAGCAAGACAAAUUGUUUGGUGCAUUGAAACAUUAGAUUGAGCCUCGCUCUUUUCUGGCGAGCUGUUGUUUCUCGCACGUUUCUUUUUGUUGGUGACGAUUUCGAAAUCGUCGGACUCAUCGACACCUGCCAUUAUUUUGGAUUUCAGGGUGUUAGUUGGGGAAGAGGGUAGGGGGGGACUUCCAAUAACCUCCUACCUUGUCUGCAAGCUUGGUCCUGUCACCGGUAUCUCCGAUUGAUAAGCAGAUUUCUUAAUCCUACGCAGGAUUACCCUUCUUUCUGGACUCGGAGCUACUUCCGCUGCGGCCAACUCUGCAGCUUCUUGGGGUUGUGGCUGAUCUUCAUUCAGAUCCUGAGUUGCCUCUUCAACCAACAUAUCUUCAUUGACGCCGUCUUCAUUGAUGUCAUCAGGCGUCUCGUCUUCCAGGGAACUUGUGUCCAGGGAUAGCGCUGGUGUACAAGGUGAAACUUUGCGUUUCCGACACCUCUUCUCCGCCUCACGGCCAGCUACCGCCAACUCCUCUCCAAGUUUGGAGGUCCUCCUCUCUCUCUCUUUUUCUUCUGUCCUUUGGCGCCAUUCUACAAAAGCCUUGGAGGCUUCUCCGACUGGACAUGACCUACAUUCGGAAGCCGAACAAUUUUCCGUUUUAUUGUAGUGCCUCCUGAGCGCUGCCAUGGACAUGGUUUCGUAUCUACAAUAUUUGUAUGUCAAAGGUACGUGAUGAUCGUUUUUUGAGAUGCGUGUGAUACGCUGAAAUGGUCGUAAAGCCACUGGUGUAACGAGAGCACACUUUCAUCUUGAUCCUUUUUCUUUUCUGGUAUAUCCGAAAAUGCAAACGACUGUGUAUCGAUGUCAAUGCAAUCUGCGUAACGUGUAUCAAAGUACGAGUCGAGUUUACACACAAAUGCAAAUUCAUCCAGGUCAGCGCGCUAUUUAUACUCUUGAGAAAAGGUUGCGCGACCUGUGCUACGCGCAUCACGCUGUACUUAGAUUGGUCAAAGAUACACAUACGUAUUACGCAUCUAUGAAUAUUCAUUACAAAUGCAAUUCAAACUUCCGAAGAAAUAGUUUAUGAAUGAGCAUUUCGUAAAAAUCAUUAUUCUGCAUGGAAACUUGCCAAAUAAAAUGGAUUAUACGGAUAUACUCUCUAUUGUGGAGACUGCAAGAAUAGAUUGACAUUUUUCUUAAAGAAACAGGUAAGAAAAUUAUGAUUUAAGGAGUCUUUUUCCACAAUUUUUGUCAGUAGAAAGAUGCUUUUCCGUUAAAACUGGAUCAUCAGUCCCAGAUACAAAUUUUCAUGUUUGUCUGAGAUAUUUAAUUUUGCUUAUAAAAAAAAAUCGUCUUAGAGCCAAAACCGCUACAUUAUCAUGAUAUCCUUUGGUAAUACUAAUAGCAAACUACAUGUAGUUAUCUUUUCCAAAAUGAAAAUGACAUUGCAAAUAAAUAAUAUUUAGUUUUUAUGCACAUUUACAUUUUUCUUGGCAUAACUUACAGCAUAUACACAUGUUACAAUUAUACUUUUUUAGGCAUUUCUUUUUUAUAAUGGUUAUGGAGGGCUAAAUUUAAGUGAACCUGGUAAGGUCAAAAGAUUCAGAAUUUCUCUUUGAUUUUUUUAAAUUUCCUAGAUUUAAGGUGUGCUGUGUUUUUUUUUAGAGGUAAGUAAAGAUGUGCUUCCCCACUUUAAUCGGCUUUCCUUGAACAAUGUCCAACUUCUUGCCAGUAGGAAAGCACACCCCAAUACCACGAGCAGAAGUUGCAAUAAUUACACGGGUGGGUUUGUCCUUGGCGAUGAAGUAAAGUGUAAUAGUACCAACCGUUGUUGCCUGAAGUGGCCUUGGAGAAAAGGUAAUCCGCCUCGGUCUGAGUAGAUUGGUCAUUGAAGAGUAUAUCCUCCCAGGUUUCUUCCUCGGUCGAGACUGAUUCCGGCCCUUCAUCCGAGACUGGUCCCAGAACCUCAGUCGAGACUGAUUCUGGCCCUUCAUCCGAGACUGGUCCCAGAACAUCAGUCGAGACUGAUUCUGGCCCUUCAUCCGAGACUGGUCCCAGAACCUCAGUCGAGACUGAUUCCGGCCCUUCAUCCGAGACUGGUCCCAGAACCUCAGUCGAGACUGGUUCUGGCUCUCCAGAUGAAUCUCCGCUUGAAACGUAGCAAACAUUCACCCCUUGUUCAUUGAAUUGCAGAUCUUUCCAGUGAACGUCCCUUAUAGAUGCAGCUGCUGUGUUAAAUACCUUAUGCUCCAUCCUCAACUUCUCUCUGGAGGACUCGAAAGCAGAGUAGACAGAAGAGAAACAGAAAACGCCUGUCUACAAGGGGCCCAAAGAUGCUCUAUUGGAUGUAGAGCAGAAUCCCCAUGACAAUAUGAAGUUACCAGAACUGCAUCCAAGUUGACUUCUCUGGGAAAAAUCUCCAGUAGUAAAAUAAGUUGGUUUGUUGUUACUCCACAAUGCCUUCUUGGCCUUCAGACAUAAUCAUAUAGAAAAUUCUUUUGAAGAGGAUUACUUUGUUGACCAUAAACCCCCUGUGUUGCAUUAAUUUAGCUGUUAACCCGUCUAUAAGUUUUUAUCUGAACAAUUUGAAAAGAAAGCUGUUACGAGAUGUUAAGGACCAUUUUCCUCAAAUUUGUAAGGGAUGAAGUAUUACCUAGAAGACAGAAUCCCAAUUGGAGCUUGCCAUAAAGCAAAUCUACAUGUUGUAUUCCAUGGAGGCCAGGUGAAAUGACAUCAAUGGCCGUUGUCUUCAAUGGUAUCGUUUAAACCCUGUGUUUUCAACAGGUUGUAUUGCAAACCAACAUGCGAGUUGACUGGUUUUUUAAGAUGAUUACUCUUGAGAGUGAAUAGUUUAACCAGUUGUCACAGGAUGGUACAAACGUAGGAGAGCGACGUUUUGUCUGCUACUGCUGGACUUUGUUAGGCAAUUACCGGCUAUGAUUACUCUUUUACUUACUUUGUUUCUCCAAGGAUCUAAUGAUUGUAUAACCUAGUGGCAUACUUGAUGUGAAAUAUCAGAUAUAUAUCAAUAAUUAAGUACAUACAAAGUCUCAUAACAUUCCAUGCUUCUGCCUCUAUUGAGUUAAGAUGCAUGAUCACCUAACAUAUACAUGUACGUGUAUAGCAGGUCAAGACAGGUCAUUCUAAUGUGUUCUUUCAAAUGGAUUGGUAAAUUAUAGAUCUCCUUGUUUUCUGUUACUCCACAAAAUUCUUUAUCCUCCAUUGUUUCCCUAGCAAUCUGAUUGUAUGACCAAACCGCAUGCUUGGUGCAAAGUAUCAGAUACCUAUCGAUAAUUAAGGAUAUCAGACUCGUAACAUGCUGUGCUUCCGCCUCUUUAUUUAGCAUAGAUGCAUGAUCACCAAAACAUACAUACAGUAACAUUAUCAUAUUUCUGAAAAAUUUCAACAAUGCGAGAAGUAUAUAUUAUCAUAAUAUACUUUGGUAAUACUAAUAGCAAACAAGUUAUCUUUUCCAAACACAAAAUGACAGAAACAGAAACAUUGCAAAUAUGUAAUACUCAGUUUUUAUGUGUAUUUACAUCUUUCUUGGCAUAACUUACAAUAUUUGCACAUGUUACAAUUACACUUGCUUGGCAUUUCUCUUUUAAACGAGGUUCUGGAGGGCUAAAUUUAGGUGGACCUGGUAAGGUGAAAUGAUUAAGAAUUUUCUUAAUUUUUGUAAUCAUUUCCUUCAUACAUGUAGAUUUUGAGGUGUGCUGUGUUGUGCGCUGAGGUAAGUAAAGAUGUGCUUCCCCACUUUAAUCGGCUUCCCUUGAACAAUGUCCAACUUCUUGCCAGUAGGAAAGCACACCCCUAUACCAAGAGCAGAAGUUGUAAUCAUUACACGGAUGGGUUUGGCGACAAAGGUCUUGAUCGUAAUUUGCUGAUUUUUCUCUUCAAACGAGCUACUGUAGUAUACAUUUGAACUAAACCUAAGGAGGAAAUAUUGGGAGAAAGACAAGGAAUUAAAAAGUAGAUUAAAGGUAGUAUUUAGAGUGGGACAAAAAAGUGUUUUGGGACAGCUACUCUUUUGGUACAUAAAUAAUGAUUUAGCCAAUCAAGAGAAGAUUCUACUGUCGCGGGGUCAAAUAAAAACUUACUGAAAAUAUUCCUACCUGUCUGGCGAACCAAUAAUAAAGUCAGGUGAUAAAGAAAGAAUGGAAACUAUGUUGUCUCUGACUGAAAGUGUAAUAGUUCCAGAGAGGAGAAACCAAGGUGUCCCAACAGUUUUUGCCUGUAGCAUCGGUAGCUUCUGGUAUGCCACACGGAAAGUUUUCCCCCUAAAAGAAAAUUAAAUCAAGAAAAGAGGAAAGCGGUAGUCAGUAUUCACGAUAUCACCUUUUAAGGGGGUAUCUCACUUUGCAGUGAAUGCUCCCAAAAAGGGUGAAUUAGGGAAUUCAUCAGGGUUCGUAAAAGUUUGUAAAAGGUUUUGGAAGAGCAGUUUUUUUUGUAGCAAAAUGUUUUAAUAUGUUAAAAAAUUAAUUGAAAAUGUAUUCUUCAACAAACAGUUGCUAGCUUUUGCAAAACUGUCAUAAGCAUAUAAAAAAAAUAAAGAAAAAAGACCUUAGAUGUUGUUUGAAGGUUUGCAUGGUGGUAUGUACAAUCGCUGAUGUGGUUUACGGUACACCAUGUGAAGUGUUAUAGAAACAGUGGAUAGAAGAAGAGAAGAAAUGGAUAGGCGAGAAAGUGGAGAUUUGAGAGUAGAGUAUUCUUUCUUGAAAGUAGUCCUGAAAAGGACUGUAAACCAGGAAAGAUUGAUGAGUUGAGGACAGCUUGAGUAGUAGAGCCAAUGAGGAGAUGCUGGCUUGAGUCGGCGAGUAGAGAUGAUGAGUAGUAGAGAGACUCGACGUUUCGGGCAGGUUGAC